AUGGCCGUCCACACCAGCAGUAUGCCGCCACAGAGUCUUCCCGGUGACGGGAGUUGGUUGAAUAUCCAAGGUGUUUCUCGCACAUUUUCACCUGAUCCUCUUGACCAUGGUGAUGAUGAAUACGAUGAUACCACCUUACAACAUGCACCUGAUCUUUCAUCUUCGGCAUCCUCGGUGGGUGAUACUCGUAGCAGCAGUACCAGCUCAACGGUUUCGCAUAUGACCAAAGUGCCACCUCAGCCUAUAAAGAAGCAUAGUCGACUUCACAAUAUGCUCCAUAACGCUGGUGGUCAUAUUCGUGCUGGCCUUCGUAUGACACCUCUUUCAACAUCAUCAUCUGACCACGAGGAAUCUGUAAAACCUCGAAGAGGUAGUACAGAAAGCGGUCAUCACCACAGCAACAGCUACAGCAGCUCUGUUAGUAGCACUUGGAGCAAAUUUUCGUCAUCCUUUAAAAAUCAUAGCCAUUCGGGAUGUUCAUCACCACCUCAAGUACCUCGACUUGCUGAAAAGUAUGGCGGCUAUAUCAAACCAGAUUCACAGCGUACAUUCAAGGGCAUGGGAGCAACAUCAAAAAAGAAUAUCGGGAGCGGGGCAACAGCCGUGAUCCGUUUGGUGCGACAUGAUGGGCAGAUCCUUGCGGUGAAAGAGUUCAAAAAGCGGGAAAAGAAUGAAUCUGAACGUGAUUACGAGAAGCGUAUGCGGAACGAAUAUUGCAUCAGCAAAACAGUUUCGGGCCAUCCUCAUGUUGUUAAUACCUUGGAUCUCGUCAAAGACGAGCGUGAUCGCUGGUGUACGGUUAUGGAAUACUGCUCCGGUGGUGAUUUAUUCAACUUAUUGCAAGAACGGCCUUCCAUGACACCCAUGGAACAUGGCUGCUUAUUCAAGCAGUUGUUGUUAGGUCUCCAACAUCUUCAUCAACUUGGCAUUGCUCAUCGUGAUAUCAAGCCUGAAAAUCUGGUCCUGACGGAAGGUGGCACAUUACGGAUAUGCGAUUUUGGCACUGCUGAUAUUAUACAAACAUGCUUUGAAUCAAGUCCAAGACCUUCCCACAAAUGGUGUGGCUCAGAGCCCUUUUGGUCACCCGAGAUGUGGUCUCUCAAGGAUGAGAAUGAUACCUAUGAUGGUCGUGCUUUUGAUGUAUGGAGCGCUGGUAUUACUUACAUGUGCAUGCGUACACACAUGCUUCCUUUUCAUGCAUCCUUUUAUACCGGCAAGCCUAAUGGGAAGCCACCUGCUGGUGCGAAACCUGGAUCUCCUGCUGAUGUCGCUGCACGUGCGUAUGAUGGUGGUGACAAGGAAUAUGCACUCUAUUGCCAACAGCGUCAUGAAGAUGGUGGUGUGCAUGCUUGUCACUUGUUUAAUGACCUUUCAGAACAAGAAUGUGAAUGCAUUGGUGGCAUGCUUGAUCCAGAUCCAACAAGACGUUUUACGGUUGAUCAAGCUUUGGAGACGCCUUGGAUGAAAUCCAUAGAAAUGUGCAACGAUGGUCAGCUCUCCAAUGGUUGGCGACAUUAUCAUUGUAGACGACCUUCCUCAUCCCCUUCAUCUCCCGCCACAAAGAGCGGCGACAAAAAGAUGAACCCUUUCAAUUUCUAG